AUGGAAGUUGUGCUCGCUCCGGCCCAGCACGACGGCCUGCACGCGGCGUUUGGGCCCAAUCCCUUCGCCAUCGGCGGAGACGGCCGGUUCUCCUCCAGCCUCUCCUCGCUCGGCGGCGAUCGCUUCUGCGGCUACUCCACCACCACCGCUUCCUCCCGCUUCGGCAACAGCCCCGGGCUGUCCUCGCCGUCGCCGCGCGCCGCCUCGCUGUCCCGCGGCUCCUCCGACUCCGGCUCCGUCGUCGACGACGGGGACGACGCGGCGGCGGCGUCCGCCGCUACCGCCACCGCCGCGGAGCGCCGGCUCCGCCUCGCUCGCCUCGCGCUCCAGUACCAGGAGGUGGUCAACCGCUUCGAGCUCUGCCUCUCGUACCUCGCCGACGCCAGCAACGAGGCGGCCGCGCUCCGCCGGGAGAACGAUGAGCUCCGCGUCGCCAACGAGGACCUCGCCCGCCGCAUCAACGUGGUCGGCUGCAAGCUUGUGGACGAGUUCAGCGGUCUCCGCCUCGCCGAGGAGCACGCCACGCCACCACCACCUCCUCCUCCUCCGUCACCGCUGCCCGCCGCACCGGUGAUGCCGAAGAGCAUCUCCGUCCGCUCGCUCGGCUACCUCAAGAUGAACCAGAACGGCAAGCAUCGGGCGUCCAAGCCAACGAAGGUCUCGCAACGCGUGUUCGUGGGCAUGGACGGCGGCGUGAAGGGGGAGGAGGAGCGCAAGGGUGUGGAGGAGAAGAAGCUCAACGGCGGGCUGGAGUUCGAGGUGUACAACCAGGGCACGCUGAAGACGGAGCUGUGCAACAAGUGGGAGGAGACCGGCGCGUGCCCCUACGGUGACCAGUGCCAGUUCGCGCACGGCAUCGGCGAGCUCCGCCCCGUGAUCCGCCAUCCGCGCUACAAGACCCAGGUCUGCCGCAUGGUGCUCGCUGGCGUCGUCUGCCCCUACGGCCACCGCUGCCACUUCCGCCACUCAGCCACCCCUGCCGAUCUCUUCUUCCCGCGCCCUUGA